AUGCUGGACGAAUCCGGUAGUAUCAUCGAAGACGGGCCCGAAAAACCCGAGUUUAAAGGCAGCACACGCACCUUGCGAGUAUAUUUGGACACCAACCAGUACUACCAGGACAUCCAGGCGCUGAACAACGGGGGUGUGGACAUUUAUGGAGGAGUGAAUCUGCUCAUGAGGCGGCAGGCAAAAGAAAACAACUUCAAAGCGGUGCUCGAGACCAUCAGGAAUCUGAUGAAUGUGCAGUGCUUGGUACCAGAGUGGCUGCAUGAUGUGUUCUUGGGUUACGGUGAUCCGGCCAUGGCGCAUUACCGUCACACAGAGAUGAAGCAACCUACACGCACCUUCAACGUCAACGAUACAUUUGUGGAUAUCAAACACCUGAAGAGGUCUUUCCCUUCAAAUACUAUCGAAUGCGUUGUGCCUGAGGAUAGCCCCGAAUGUGUGCCUCCGUUUAAUAUCAAGCUGCCCGAUCCUGGUACGUUAGACGUGUUGUAG